GAAAAAAGGCAGUUUUUUUUUUUCCUUUUCCAAUUUGAGCACGUCUUCUCUUUUGUUUAUCUACUGCCGGUGCCCGAGUCCACACGGAGAUUGUGAUUUCACAAGAGCCGCUUCUUCCUCGUCUAGAGUAAGAGAGAAGCCACCGGCCUUCUCUUUCCCUCCUCCCUCCUCCUUCCUCCUCUAUUCUUUUGCUGCAAUUUUGCUCGUCGUCGUCAAUCUCUUGCUUUUACUUUCGACUUUCCUGGAGCUCGGCGGUCGACCUCAUGGCCGGGCGUUACGAGAGAAACCCCUUCGAUGAGGAAGAGGAGGUCAAUCCCUUUGCGCAGGAUGCUGGAAUUAGGGGGAAGUCAAGGGAUUCAAAUUAUGGUGGAGGUCAAUCCUACAUGAUGAAUCCCACUGCUCCUCCAGUAAGUUCCAGGCUUUCACCACUUCCUCCAGAACCUGUUGAUUUCUACAAUGACUUUGGAACUACCGUUGACAUUCCUCUUGAUACAUCAAGUGACCUGAAGAAUAAAGAGAAGGCACUUCGAGCCAAGGAGGCAGAACUACAUAAGAGGGAAAAGGAACUUAAACGUAGAGAAGAGGCAGCUGCCCGAGCCGGUAUUGUGAUAGAGGAGAAAAAUUGGCCAUCCUUUUUUCCAAUUAUCCAUCAUGAUAUUGCUAGUGAGAUUCCCAUCCAUGUACAGCGAUUGCAGUAUGUUGCAUUUGCUUCAUUACUAGGGAUAGUUGCAUGCCUCUUUUGGAAUUUUGUAGCAGUUACUGCAGCUUGGAUUGCAGGGGAAGGCGUAAAGCUCUGGUUCCUCGCCGUCAUCUACUUUAUUUCGGGUGUUCCUGGAGCUUAUUUCUUAUGGUAUAGGCCACUUUAUCGUGCCAUGAGGACUGAAAGUGCGUUAAGGUUCGGAUGGUUUUUCUUGUUUUACCUGGUAGGAUUUUUCUAUUUUAACUCUGUCCACAAAGAUUUCAAUGAUGUUUUAUCACAAAUAUCUUUUGAGGCAUCUACUGUAUUAAAUCUUCUGCAGCUUCAUAUAGCUUUUGUGGUCUACGCAGCAGUGGCUCCUCCAAUUAUCUUUAAAGGAAAAUCUUUGGCAGGAAUCCUCGCCGCAGUGGAUAUUAUUGGCGAUCAUGUGAUAGCUGGGAUCUUCUAUUUUAUUGGAUUUGGAAUGUUCUGCCUAGAAUCAGUAGUUAGCAUUUGGGUCCUUCAGCAAGUGUACAUGUAUUUUCGAGGGAGUGGAAAGGCUGCAGAGAUGAAACGGGAGGCUGCACGCAGUGCUAUGAGAGCUGCAAUAUGAAUAGAGGACUUUAGGUCAUUGUUUCACAGGGUAGCAUGAGUUUUAUGAGAAUGGCAUUGAUCGGAAAGAUAGCACCACUGCGCUUCAUAUAUAUGUUUGAUGUUUCCUCCUCGAAGGGCAUGUAUGAUUUUUUACGAAUGAGGCAUCUUGGCUGCAGUUUAUUGUUUAUAGGAGAUUGUACGCCUUGUAUAGUCAUCAAAAUCUUUUGCUUUUUGGUUGUAUUUGUGAGCUAUACACUCUUACUCAUGUAUGCAUUUCUGUUAUAGCAAAUAUAUAGAUUUGUAUUUCACUUA